GGAGCAUACCAGCAGUAUAAGGGGAAGUCACAAAUAUCAGUGACAGUUAAUUCAUUAUAAAAAUCAAACGGGACGGUCUUUAUCGAAGAGAAAAAGUGUCGAUAAAUAGUAUUUCUUAAGUAAUAGAAUUAUUUAAACGUUAACAUUACAAAUCUUCAAAAUAAAGGCUAGCAUCCAACUGAAGCUCUUCUCCCACAAUUCCUUGAGGUCCGAUUACACUGGAAAAGAGGGGAAUGGAGGCUGCUCAGAUCGGAGUGGUCAGGGACUCCAUGCUGGCUAAUCCUCUUUUAAUUAGGCCCGCCCUGGGGAAGGCCCGGUCAAGGGGACUGUCCUUCCCGGGACCAGACUUUGUCUACGGGAUGGCGACAAGCGUCAGGGACGGUGGCGUUCCGGAAGCCAUCUCCCACUGGCACUCCCACUCCCUGCCUGGCGGCCAGUCCAGUGCCCGUGCCAAGAUGGGGGAGAAGGACUUUGUGGCGCUGAACCGGGAGGGGGUGAAGUCGGGCCUGGUGACGGCCAAGGAGCACUACCAGUACCGCGCCACCCACGACAUCAGACGCUUGGUCCCGGCCAAAGCCGGCUCCAGACUGGCCGCGCCCCCCAGGAUCCCCGACAUGACUUUUGGCGUCCCCACGCGCCCCUCCACUCCCAUCGCUGACCUGCUGGAGCACCAGUACUCCAAGCGCUGGCUGGAGGAGCAGCAGGCCAAAGACCGAGCCCGGCUGGAGAGGAGGCACAACAGGGGGGCGGGGCUUUGUGUCUCUCCUCAGGCUCGUUUGGGGCGUGUCCAGGAGACAAGGACGACCAUCCUGAGGAAGAGCUGUCCUAUCGCUGAGCCCCCCUCCUUGUGGAAACUGCCUCGUUUCCAGGAGGUGGGGCCCGCCCUGGAUACCUUCCGCAGCCCCGAAGCCCGGAACAAGGCCUUCAGCGCCCACUACUCAGACUCUGUGGCACGAAGAGGACACCUGGGACAAGGCACCUACAACCUGAGCUAAACCUGCCGGGGGGGGAAAAAGGGCAGAGAGAGCAGGAGAAGAGAAGUGAGGAAGGGAGGGGGAGCGAAUGGCAGAAUAGGAGGGAAAAAGUGAGAGAAGAGGAGAAAGGGUGAUGAAGGAGAGAUGGAAGAGUAGAGAGGGAUAGAAAAAUGAGGGAGUGGGAGGAAGAUAAUUAGAGGUGGAGUUGGAGCUUUGGACUGUAGCUUUGGACAGUAGCCUUCAGCAGCCUGCAGGAGUCAAAAUUUAAAAUUCUAAUCAUGCACACAAAAAACGAACUUUUAACUUUUAUAGCCUGUGUUUGUCUUAUUUACAACUGAAAACAAUGUUUUCAAUUAUGUUUUACAAACGUUAUAACGAACACAGAAACAAUUGAGUGCUUUUAAAGUAGGUUUUAAAUAUGUUUAUCGUGAUCUUUGCUUGUGUAAUUCAAAAUUAUUAAUCAUUUAAAGGUACAUUACAUGGGUGCUGCUCUAAACCUGA